AUGCUUGCCCAGGCUAAGCAGGUGCUUGAGGUUGAUAACAAUAAGCUGCUCGAGGAGAACAAGGAGUUUUCCCAGCUAAACGAACAAUUGUGCGAGGACCAAGCCGCUCUCACCCAGGAGCUUCAGGAGGCCCAAGAUACAUUGAAGAAGGCCAACGAGGAGCGAAAGAAGUGGAGGGAGAGUGCUGUACUCGUCACCCAAGAAUGUAAGCAGCUUAAUCUUAACUUGACUGGAAGCAAGGAGGAGAUAAAGAGACUCGAGGAGCGGGUGCGGGAGCUUGAGGGGCGCGUUCAGGAGCUCGUGGAGGACGGGACCAGAAAUUUGAAGAAGUACAAGGAAGCCACCUUCCUCUAUUUCUCAAUUUCUGGAAGCACAACCGGGAGGCCAACAUUAACUAUCUCUCCGAGCGGUUGCAAAGGACGAUGA